AUGUACGUCAACAAAUCAAAGUCUCAACAAACAUUCCCCCCGGGUGUCCCAGUGGCGUAUUACGAGACAUGUAAACACAUUGAACAACUCGCCGCUCUCGGCAUGCCGCAGGUGACGCCGUACACACCAGCGCCCAAACCACACAUCACAACAAUGCCGGUGCCGCCUAGUCUGCGCGAUUCGGACUAUCUAUCUAGUGUGGCGUCCCUGACGGCAACGGAUGUGAGUGUGUCUACGGGGAUGUUGUCAAGAACGGACACACCGCGAUUGGGGACGGGGCGGCGAAGACCGGAAGUGGAAAAGUUUGACUUGGAAGCUGCAUACGCCGCACUCCUGAAGCGAUUGGGAAAGCAGGUAGAAGAAGAAGAGGAAGAAAAAAAGUAA